CCUCAUCAGACGAGUGAUGUUAGUUCACUUGUGAAGCCUCCUUGGUUUUAUGACAAGAAAUACUUAAGAAUAAUCAAGAUGUUAACCAGGACGAGAAGAAGAUUUAAUUGCUAUCUAUUUUUGUGAUUGCUGUUUCCAGAAAUUAACAGGACAACAUUCGCUACAACAGAGAGCUUAUUGAACCCAACGAGUGAGCCGUCUAGCAGCUCUGAACAACCCCUCAGUAUCUCGCUAACAGCAACAUCAAUGGGCAACUUCUCAACACCAACACAGGUGUCUGAAACAGCAACACCAAUGGGCAACUUCUCAACACCAACACGAGUGUCUGAAACAGCAACACCAAUGGACAACUUCUCAACACCAACACAGGUGUCUGAAACAGCAACACCAAUGGGCAACUUCUCAACACCAACACAGGUGUCUGAAACAGCAACACCAAUGGGCAACUUCUCAACACCAACACGGGUGUCUGAAACAGCAACACCAAUGGACAACUUCUCAACACCAACACAGGUGUCUGAAACAGCAACACCAAUGGGCAACUUCUCAACACCAACACGGGUGUCUGAAACAGCAACACCAAUGGACAACUUCUCAACACCAACACAGGUGUCUGAAACAGCAACACCAAUGGGCAACUUCUCAACACCAACACAGGUGUCUGAAACAGCAACACCAAUGGGCAACUUCUCAACACCAACACAGGUGUCUGAAAUAGCGACCACAGACGUCACAAGUAAAACGACAAUGUUCCAGGACCCCACAACAGCACAGAUGAGCGAAUCCACCGAGGUCAUCACUGACGUAACGAAAGUCUCGUUUACAACCACAACAGAGCCGAUCGAGAACUCCACGGAACUUGGCAACUCGACUAUUUUUCUUACGGAAAUAGUAGAAGACGGCACUACAGAAAAACCUGACACUUCCACCGUUAUAUCAAAAACCACAAAUACACCAUACAUUAGCAUUGUAACACCGACGGAAACACUUGAAAACGCCACAACAGAGCAACCUGACACUUCCACCGUCAUAUCACACACCACAUAUACACAAUUUAGUACACUCGAAACACCAACAGAAACAUCUGACAACUUCACAACUGAGCAAACUGACACUACCACUUCUAUACCAAACACUACAAAUACAUCAUUCAGUAGCCCUGUAACGCCUACAGAACAACCAGACAAUUCUACCUUCGAAUCGAACACCACAACACCAUUUAGUAGCCCUGUGACACCAACAGGUCAAACUGAAAAUUCCACAUCUAUAUCAAACACCACACCAUUCAGUAGCCCUGUUACACCUACAGAAACAUUCAACAACGUCACAACAGUUCCACCUGACAAUACCACUUUUACACCAAACACCACAAAUACACCAUCAAUUAACUUUACAACUCCAGAACUUGAAACCUCCACAACUGAUCAGAAAGUCACUGUGACGUUCUCCACUGUGAAUGGAACUGAAAUGACCACGGAUAUUAGAUCAGAACAGACCACUAGGUUAUCAUCAUCUGCACCCCCUCAAGAGACCACUACGUAUGGUCCGACGGAGACACCUAACGUACCAAGUGAUCGACCGCCAAUUUUUAAAAAUAAUCCUGAGAAGACAAUCCUUAUAGAGUUAGCGAUUUCAGAGGAGUCGACGUUGUGUCGACCCGAAAUGGAUUCAUCGUCGACACAGUGUGAGGAAUUGAUCAUCAAAUAUAAGGCUGGGGUCGAGGCUCUAUACAGCCGUAUCGAUGGAUUCUUACGAGUUGACAUACUUCAACUAAGUAAAGGUAGUGUUAUCAUUAGGCAAAAUGCCGUGUACAACUUCACCGCCAUGACACCGGAAGAUCAAAGCCUGACGGGACAGCAGGUGUUUGACCUCACAGUGGCUCAAGCCGUUACUGACGGAGAGCUUGGCAACUUAACGGUGGUGGAAUGCACAAACUGCAAUCCCCCAGAAGAUAUAUCAGACUUUUGCUCGUUAAUAAAUCAAGCAACCUGCGAUGACAUCUUCCUCGAGCCACAGUGUGUCAAUGGUUACGUCAUAUGUAGAUCUCCAUGUAAAGGCACACCAGACUACUGCAAUCAGCGUGGAGUCUGCAGCCAGGCAUCCAAUGCGGAGCCAGUCUGUCAGUGUACGGAUAAUGCCGAGGCGUGGAUUAGCGGAGGGAGAUGCGAGGUGUUCGUCAGUAAAAUAUGGGUUCUCGUUGGGGUUUGUUUCGGUGCUGGUUUUCUGAUCAUCGUGGUUGCUGUUGUGUUGUAUCUAUGCUGCAGGAGAUGUCAAAACAGGAACUUAACAGGGGCUCGAAAAAAAAGUUUUCUCACUGGGGACGACUUCGACGGGGAAGUGUACAUGCUGAACUCCCAUGCACUUGACGAUAGUCUGGUGCCUGGACGGAGCGGUCCGUCAAACCAUGUCACGGCUUUCUCAGGAGGUCUUGACGGUCCAGCAAGUACAUUCGGCAGACAAGACGAGGGAGAAAAUGAAUAUAUUGAUAUCAUUGACGAAAGACGCCCUCAGCCAAGGAUAACUAGCUAUUGCCAGGAUGUCCCUGUAGUGAAGCUAUGUAUGGAUGAUAAUUCUCAGGCUACCCCUGGUGUAUCAGAUGCUGCUGUUGUUGAAGAGGACAUCGGUGAACCUCCAACGCCCCAGGCAAUGGAGAAUAUUUAUUUCUAAUUGAAUCAACAUGGACAUUGGAUGAGCUACCAGUGAUUGUGAAUCAACCUUUGCCUCCAAGCGGUCGGUUUGUGGUUUUAGUCUUUGAUCACUUUUCUACAGUCAGUGAACUUCAGUGCAGCCCAAGUUGGAUUAAUGAUUGUUUGAUUUGGACAUUUAUUAAUUGAUCUUUCACAAUUUCCAAGAAGUAUGUUGCAACGUUAAGGCCAUGUUACCGAGGCAGUUGUAUAUUAUGUUAAUAUCCAACAGAGGGUCCUCCAAAUUGUUAAAUUUUAAAGGCCGUGGACACUAUUGGUAAUUACUCAAAAUAAUGAUUAGCUUCAAACCUUUAUAUUAAACGAGCACGAUGGAGAGCUGUUGGUAGUAUAAAACAUUGUGAGAAACGACUCUCUCUGAAGUAGUGUAGAUUUUGAGACAUAGGUAUUGUCUCACUAAAAUAAUUAUUUGAAUUGAAUUCGAGACAUCAGCCGAGGCUUCUGAAAGCACACAACUUGUGCGA